AUGAAAGCAGGCAAUGACUUGACCACGAGUAUCUCAAGCACAACGGACGACACGGCAGAUGGCACGACAAAGGAGCUGUUUGACGAGGAAGAUUCUGAAGACGAUUUCGACGAUUCUGAAGAGGAUGCGGACCAGGACUGGGAAAAUCUCAUUGAAGACAACUACAAAGUCAAGGACAAGAGAGAUUCCGAGCAUGGUCUCACAUGCGACGGCGGUGAGGACCAUGAGGAUGUACACAAAGACAUCUUUCAGGACAGGCUCCGAGAUAUGGACAUCGAGCGCAUAGAAAUGCUCACCCGUCUACUGUACUUUCGAAAACCAUUCCACCUUAAGAUCGAUCCUGAGGAGCAUGGACAACUACGUCUCGAGUGGACGCCUGCCUAUCAAAGUGCUGAAGCUUUCCCAUACAGACGCAUCGAUACGGCGCAUGCCAAGAAGGGUCGAGAGUGGAAGAGGAGAAUUGAAUCUUGGCUGUUUCUCAGUCAUGUCGAAAGUUCCGAGUCACUUCUGCAGGUGCUUCUCAGCGAACACGUCUACAAUCCUCUCUCUGCAGAGUGUGAGAUUGCACCUAUCAAGGCCUAUCUGGACGGUGCUGAAAUUCAGUGGUUCAAGGCAAAAGAGAUCAUCGAUGAGAAAUCAUGGGACAAAUUCAAUGAUGCAUGGACUCGAUACAGGGCAAACCGACAGGCAUCGAAGCUCGAAGAGGUCAACCAGACUCGGAUCAUGAGCAUUCGCUGUUGA